AUGACAUCUGAUUCAGGCCUCGCACCUGCGGGGAGCAGCACCUAUUCGUCCAAUACGUUGCAUGUAGGAGACGGAACAUGGGACAGCAGCCGGGACACGUUUCUGCUCCCCAACUUGAUGGGGGUCAACUUCGCUACUAUGCGAUACAAUGGAAUGGGCAAUCGGUUCCGAGACAUGACAGGAUAUAGAUCCAUGAUCAUCGCCCACGGUGUCAUCGCAACCAUCGUUUUCCUUGGUCUUGUCCCUGCCUCUGUCCUCAUAAUACGAUACUACUCCCGCUGGAAUCCGUUCUGGGCAUUCAAGCUACACGUGUGGUGUCAAGUCUUGACCUUGCUUCUGACCACCGUCGUUUUCGUCCUCGGUUGGUUUGCUGUCGGUCCAGAGAGAAGUCUGACAAACCCUCACCACGGUAUCGGCCUAGCUAUCUAUGUGCUGGUAAUAUUUCAAGUUCUCUGGGGCUGGCUCACACACAGAAUCGAGAGUCGGAGGAAGAGGUAUCAUGUACCAUUGAAAUUGGUGAUACACAGAUGGCUCGGUCGCAUUCUCGCCAUUCUCGGGAUUGCCCAGAUCCCUCUCGGUCUUACUCUCUGGGGUUCGCCGAAAGUGCUCUUUAUCUUGUUCUCUCUAGCAGCCUUCGGGUAUCUGGUGCUUUUCUUCAUACUUUCAUAUCUAUAUGAUACCCAGGGUUAUGGUCCCAGCGGCGAAUAUGAUGCUCGGCAAAGCUAUAUAUCUGGCACCUCGGCUUCUGAAGGAAACCGUCACAGCAAUCUUGGUCGUAUGGCUGCAGCGGGAGCGGCGGGCGCUGGAUUAGCAGAAGUAUUCAGAAGACGAAGCAGGAACAGAAGCGAGGCGUACGAUCAAUCCCACACGUCCUAUACUGAAGAAGAAAAGUUUUCCGACGCCGAACCUCGUCGCAGUGGUUGGGGGAAACGCUUUCUCGAAAUUGGAGCACUUGCAGGUGCUGCGGUCCUGGCGAAGAAGCUUUUUGAGAGGCGACGGGACCGGGACAGUGAUACCGAAUCGGGACGGUACAGCCGAGCCUAUACAAGAAGCGACAGUAUGACAGAAGCUACACUCAGCAGGCUUGAGGAUGGGCGUCCAGAACCUACCCACCAUACGCCACUCAACCGACCCCCAAGUCGUCCACCCAGUCGUCCGCCUAGCCGACCGGGGAGUCGUCCGCAGAGCCCCGACUCGUCGUACUAUUACACCAACUCGUCAUAUCUUACCAACCGUGAUGCGAGCCGGUCACAUGGCUUCCGCGAUGCUUUGCUUGGUGCGGGCGCCUUUGCGGCAUUCAGAAAUUUGUUCAAGCGCCGCAAGGAUAAGGAAAUGGACGAGAAACAACGCAUAGAGGAGAUACGCCGUCAGGAUAUCGAGGAGGAGAGACUUGCAAGAAAUAACAGCAAACGGCAAUACACGGGAGAUGGGUUCUUCCCACGCAAAAAUCGGAGGACUUCGUCUUACUCUACGGAUGUAUCAACUGAUAUUUCUCGGCCUCCCCGCGGUCCACCUCAGGGCGAGUCCGCUCUGACUGGUGAGCCUGUCAUGUCUGGAGUGGCUCACACACACCCGUCAGACAUUCCACCUAUCCCUGCAUCUCAUCACGGCUCUAUCUCCGAGCUCACAGCGGAUCCACGUGUCAAUCGCAGCGAUGCGCCUGCGGGGACCGAAAUGACGGAUAUAGCAGCUGGGGCUGCCGCGGGAGCGGCAGGAGCAGCGGUCGCCGAGUCAGCAUUGGGGUCAUCCUCUUACACGCAUCGUCGGCAGCGGAGCAGUAGCAGGCGCCGUGAAGAGCCUGUAGAGUCCCCUCCUGUAUCAGUCAAGGUAAAGAUGCAUAACGAUGGCCGACAUGUCACCUUGAGACGACUAACGGAAGAGGAGGCGGCCGCCAGCCGUGAAGCACGUCGCAGGGAACGGAGAAACUCCCGCCGCCGCCAGGGAAGCGUCAGUUCGUUGUCUGGCAACGAAAGCGGGAGUUACGACCGAUGGCGCCGUGUUGAAGAACUGGAACGCCAACAGGCAGAGCAGACGCGGAGAGAACAAGAGGCCGCACUUGCGGCCGCUGCAGCAACCACAGCCGCCCCUCCUCCUCCUGCUGUUGCCUCCGUUGCUCCAUCCGGCACUGUCCCACCCUCUGCAGUGUACAUGCCGCCGCCAUCAAAUGCCACUCUCGUUCCGCCAGCCGCACACCCCGCCCCGUCGAGCUUGCCGUAUGGUCCGGGGAGCAUUACAUCUCCAGGUACCUGGACAGGCACAGAAGCCAGUGGCGACUACGCCAGUAAUCGGAGGCGGCGACGUGCAGAGAGAGCCCGUGCCCGUCAAGAUAGACAACAGCAGCAUGGUGUCGAGUUUACCUAA